GCUGACUCAUCAAAAUUCUUUUUCACUGUACUACACUUUGAAGUUAGUGCUUUAAUUUUAGUGGCACCUCCACUCUUACAUCUUUGAUUGAUGCGAACUUCACAAGCCACUUGAUUUAAUUGUAUUUCUUGCUUCAAAAUUCACAUCAAGAGUAGAGAGAUUCGGUUCUUGCCUUUGAACGCCAUGGAUGUGCAGUUAUGCGAGUACAAAUUGGCCUGCAAUUGUAACCACAGAAUCUACAAUGUCAUUCUGGACGACACUGUAAUCGAAACUAUAGUCACCGUUGAUCCUUCUUCCGUCGCCUCAUGGAUCAGAAAAAUCGAAUCCCAAAACAGAUCCCGUCUUCACCGUUUGAUUGUAGGGCUUGACAUCGAGUGGCGCCCAAAAUCCAAUCCCGUCGCCGACCGAAACCCCGUCGCCACUAUCCAGCUCUGUGUCGGAAAAUCCUGCCUCAUCUACCAAGUUCUCCACUCCAGACACAUCCCCCGCCGACUCCGACACUUCCUGAACAACGACGACUACACAUUCGUUGGAGUUGGUAUUGAUAGUGACGUGGACAAGCUGUGGGAGGACUAUAAUCUUGAAGUAUCGGACAUUGUUGAUCUCCGGGAGUGGGCGGCAGAGGAACUGAACAAGAAGAAGCUUCUUAAUUCGGGGCUCAAACAUUUGGGGAGGAAAAUUGCGGGAAUAGAGAUUGAGAAGCGCAAGAGUGUGAUAACCAGUGCUUGGGAUGAGCGCUGGCUUAGCCGUGAACAGAUAUGUUAUGCUUGCCUUGAUGCAUAUAUUUCUUUUGAAGUUGGGAGGGUCUUAAGUGCUUGGUACUAGAAGAGUGAACACAAGUCAAUAUGUAAGUAAAAUACACCAGUUAUCGUUUUCUUCUACUCAAAUUUGUAAGUGUGUGUGUGUGAAACUAUUUCCUCUAUCUUGUGUUGAUUCUAGUUUACUAUCUUGAUUAUGAGAGAUAUAUGAUUUUGUGUUCCAUUGUAAAUUGUUGUAGUAUUUUAACUUAAAUGACUUGUUCGCAGAAGAUUGUCAUCUGAUUUCUUUUA